CGGUCCUGGGAGUCCUCACGGUGAUUCCUUCAGCCCGGUGCCCUCCUUUACCCACCCUCCCUCCCUUCCUGACUUAAUGUGUGUCCCUCCCUCCCCGACAGCUGUGCCCUCCCUGUGUUAGUUCUCACUCUCGCUCUCCCCCUGUCUCUUUCUGAUGCCCUCUAACACCCCCUGGCACACUCUCGGCUCUUGCCCGGGAUAAGUUGUAUCACAGUCGGGAUGGGGAGUUCGGCUUCUUCCCUGGCAGCAGAGGGCAAGUCACACCAUGGCUCCAUGGGCACUGCCUACCCUGGACUCGGCUUGCUUGGCUGGCAUAGAAACGGGCUCCCGGGGUCUCUAUGGCAAGGCACGGUCACACCAAUUUACAGGACGCACAGGCUUCCAGACCCCAUGGCUGCCCCCUCGCCCUGUGGGGAGUGGUCAUGCUGCCGUUGUACAUUCCUAAAUCCCCACGGGCAGCGCCAUUGCUCUAUAUGUGAAGCUCCUCGCAACCUACCGGAUCUCAACCACAUCCUACGCCUCAGCUCGGCAGAACAGCGUUGGUCAUGCAGCCGAUGCACCUUUUCCAAUCUUAAUCCAACCAACCCUUCACCUCCGCCAAGCGGCUGCCAGCUUUGUGGGUUCCUGCCACCUCCAGCUGUCCCCAAUGGCAUCCCCCGAGGACCGCACGAAGGGGCUCGAUCACCGGUCCAGGAAUCCGAACCGGAGGAUAUAACGAGUCCUACUCUCCAAUCUACAGUGAACCCAGGUUGGAGUUGUCCACGAUGUACUCUACAUAACACUCCCGUGUCCACCUCCUGCUCGGCUUGUGGUGGUCCACGGAAAUUGUCUUUGCCCAAAAUCCCACCAGAGGCGUUGGUAGUCCCAGAAGUUCCUGCGCCCCCUGCUGCUUUUCCAGGCUCAGAUGAACAAGCAACAGCUGCUCUCCGUGAGCUGGACUCUCCCAGACCCUUACCUGCACUACCGAUAUCACCGGGACCACAUAAUAUUCCCGUUCCAAGGAGCCGCAGAGAGGUGGCACCGGAUAACCCGCUCUCUCCCCCUUCUGUCUCAAGUCGUCUUCCUAAACGCUUGAGCGUCUUGGAAGAAGAAGUAACGGCAGCUGAAACUACCCCAUCCCCGGCGGAGCCACAAAACCUGGACUCUAGUUGGUCAUGUGGAAAAUGCACUUUGCGCAACCUUGGUAGUGCCAGUAGGUGUUGUGUCUGCGGAGCAGCACGGGCAGGCGAGAGUGACAAUAGUACAACGGGAAUGGAGGUCUUGCCAUCACCAUCCAGCACUGUGGUCCUUCCCAUUCCAGUUCCCCGGAGGACAGAGUGGGCCUGCCCGGCCUGUACCCUUAUCAAUGAGACUCGGUGCAAUCACUGCGUGGCAUGUCACACCCCACAGGGCUAUGUGGCCCAGCACCGGAAUGUGGGGGCGCGGAUGCUGCGCCGCAGGGAAAGUGUCAGGGCCGAAACCAGAAGGCAGACAGACGAAGGAGAGGCCAAGGAGCUUUGGGAGAACAUUGUCAGCUUUUGCCGAGAGAACAGAGUUAAUUUUGUGGAUGACAGCUUUCCUCCCGGGCCUCGUUCCGUCGGCUUUCCGGAAUCAGACAGCGUCCAGCAGAGGGUGAAACAGUGGCUGCGACCGCAAGAGAUUAACGGCAGCAUCUUCAAGGAGCGCGGAGUGAAGUGGUCCGUCUUUCGCACACCAAGACCGUCCGAUAUACUGCAGGGGCUACUGGGAAACUGCUGGUUUCUCAGUGCACUAGCGGUGUUGGCAGAGAGACCCGAGCUGGUGGAGCGGGUGAUGAUCACAAGGACCAUAUGCCCAGAAGGAGCUUAUCAGGUGCGGCUAUGCAAAGAUGGCACCUGGAGCACAGUGUUGGUGGAUGACAUGCUGCCAUGUGAUGAAGCUGGGUACUUACUCUUUUCUCAGGCCCAAAGGAAGCAGCUCUGGGUGGCUCUGAUCGAAAAGGCUCUGGCAAAGCUUCACGGCUCCUACUUCGCCCUUCAAGCGGGUCGCGCUAUUGAGGGUCUGGCCACUCUGACCGGAGCGCCCUGCGAAAGCCUCAUGCUACAAGUCAGCUCCACUAACCCCCGAGAGGAGACGGUGGACACUGAUCUCAUCUGGGCCAAGAUGCUGAGCUCUAAGGAAGCCGGGUUUCUAAUGGGAGCGUCCUGUGGCGGUGGGAACAUGAAGGUGGACGAUGCAGCCUAUGAAAGUGUGGGACUAAGACCUCGACAUGCUUACUCCAUACUGGACGUUCGAGAUGUGAAUAGUCACCGCCUUCUACGUCUCCGGAACCCCUGGGGUCGCUUCUCUUGGAACGGAAGCUGGUCAGACGAUUGGCCCUCAUGGCCGCCUUCACUCAAACCUGAACUGAUGCCCCAUGGUAGCAGCGAAGGCGUCUUCUGGAUGGAAUACAAUGACUUUAUCCGGUACUUUGACUCUGUAGAUAUCUGCAAGAUCCACACUGACUGGCAUGAAGUUAGAGUUCAGGGCACGUUCCCAAACAAGGCCUCGACUCCCGUGACUGUGACCUCCCUCACAGUGGUGGAGCGCACGGCCCUGGAAUUCUCACUUUUCCAGGAAGGCAGCAGGCGAUCAGACACGGUGGACAGUCACCUCCUGGACCUUUGCAUCAUGGUUUUCAGAGCUUCUCACAGCGGUACCGGCAAAGUGAUGUUGGGUCGGCUGAUGGCGCACAGCAAGAGGGCGGUGAAAAAAUUUGUAGGCUGCGAUGUGAUGCUGGAACCUGGAGAGUACGCAGUGGUGUGUUGUGCCUUCAACCACUGGCAGACCUUAAGUCUAGGUGGAUUAUCUACAGUACAAGCAUCCAGCCCCACAGGUAGCGGUAACAAUCGCCGCUCUGCUGCAGACCCCAUGGGAUAUGUCUUGGCCAUUUAUAGUUCCCGGCUUGUCAUGGUCGAGCAAGUGGAAGCACAAUCAACAACACUUGCGGAUGCCAUUAUCCUGCUGACAGAAGACAAGGGAGAGCGGCACGAGGGUCGGGAGGGGAUGACCUGCUAUUAUCUAACACACGGAUGGGCCGGGCUCAUUGUAGUUGUGGAAAAUCGCCAUCCCAAGUCUUUUCUGCACAUCCAGUGCGAUUGCACGGACAGCUUCAAUGUCGUGUCUACUCGAGGCAGCCUCAAAACCAGCGACAGCGUCCCCCCUCUUCACAGACAGGUGCUGGUCAUUUUGUCUCAGCUGGAGGGAAACGCUGGCUUUUCUAUUACUCAUCGACUGGCACACCGGAAAGCUAACCAAGCUUCUCUGAAUGACUGGAUGUCCAGCAAAGGCACCCACAGUCCUCCACUGUCUCCAGAGGUGUCCGGCUUGCAUGGACCCCGACCCCUCUGACACAUCCACAAGGAGUUAUAUCCCCUGGGGAAUGGGGGGGGAAGGCGAGAUUGCCUACGUUCAGUGGAAGCACUUUACAGACUAAUUCCCGGAAAACUACACUUGAAAUCUACUCAGGACUUUUAUCCUGUGUAAAAACAGGGACCCUAUCCCAUACCCUUCUAUCCUUUUUUGUUUUUAAUGUACCACACUGUAAACAUGAAAAUCGGGACUGUCCUACACCCCUAAGAUGUUAACAAUUUACCUUAUCUUAGCUCACAGUGCGCACAAUAGCGGCAGCCAUAUUGUUUCUUGGGUCGGGCCUAAGAAGCAGGCUGCGUCCUGGGUAUCUGUCCCAUCUCUGUCUGUAUUGGAUGUCGUUCUCUAGGCUUCCUGCAAGAUUUUUUUUUUUUUUUUUUCAAUGCAACUUAAUAAUUCUUGGAAUUCUAAAAAGAAAACAGGAUGCUAUGGCUGCUACUUCCCUUUCAUGAAGGACACCCCAUCCGGAAUAUGCAUGGACGCAAGCUUUAACUAAUCCAAUGGAGGCAAAACAGAGAAAAUAAGAGACUGUACUCAACACGCACAUUUCUUUAUUUGCAUCCUACAGCCUUACCGAGUCUUAACGUUCACGUAACGCAGGGGUCCUCCAACCUGUUGCUUUCCAGCCGCUGCAAAACGACAACCCACAUCAUGCCCUGACAGCCGAAGGCUGUCAGGGCAUGAUGGGGGUUG